CACAAUUCCGACACCGUGGAACCGGCCCUUAGCAACCGACCUGGCGACCGUCUCCAGCACCUGUGGCCUCCCCCCCAGCAACCCCUUCACAAUCCUCUGCUGCGAGAGCUGGCUCGGCCCAGGGAAGGACCGAAGGGGACCCAGCGUGUCCCCGCGGUGGCUGCAAGAGGAUCUAAGCAUGAAUGGCAGCCGGAGAGCCCCCUACUGCUCCCGGCGUGCAGACGCAGGCGGCCGCCAUGUCUUGAGUCUCCAUCAGCCCGGCUAACACAACUUGCCCCACCCAGUCAGAGCAACCUCUGUCCUUCCCAGAUAUGGUCCACCAUGCCUAUUUAAAGGACAUUUGAGCACCAAAAGUAAUGCUUUUUGCACUGACUCCUCCUCUCUCAGACUAAGUACUCUCCACCUGGUCAAGAAUCACAUGGCUGUUCACUAUAAUAAAAUCCUUUCAGCCAAAGCUGUGGUAGACUGCUCAGUUCCACUCAGCAUGAGUGCCAGCAUCAAAUAUUUGUUUUUCCCAUCAGAUGCAGACCAACAACGAAGAGAGAAACUCAAAAAGGAAUUAGCACGAUGUGAAAGGGAAUUGAAAUUAACUAAAACUGAAGUGCAGGCCAGUUCUAAAAAUAAUUCCAAGUCAUUAUUUAACACUCUACAAAAGCCUUCAGGGGAACCACAAAAUGAAGAGGACAUGUUAUUGGAAGAAGUGAAUGGAUAUCCGUCCUUUACAAAGUCCCCAGUACCAUCUUCAGAGAGAUUACAAAUAAGCCUACCCAAAUCCAAUAAAGUCCUCACAAGUGGUACCGAGAAGAACUCCUGUUCCUUCCUGUCCAGCGUGGAUUACGCCACCUCCGGGCCCAGGAAACCGUGCUCUGGAACCUCGUAUGGCAGACGGCCCAGGGGCACAUUCCCAAAUUCCCACCGGUUCCAGUUAGUUAUUUCCAAAGCACCCAGCGGGGACCUUUUGGAUAAACAUUCUGCACUCUUUUCUAACAGACAUUUGCCAUUCACUCCACGCACUUUGAAAACUGAAGCAAAAUCUUUCCUGUCACAGUAUAGGUAUUAUACACCUGCCAAAAGGAAAAAAGAUUUUACAGAUCAGCGGAUAGAAGCAGAAACCCAGACUGAAUUAAGCAGCUUCAAAUCUGAUCUUGAGACAGUUGAGACUAAGGACUUCACAGAUUCAGAAGAGAACAUAAAGCAGGCAUCAAGUUGUACGACAUAUGGUUCCAAAGACAAAAUAACCCCUUUACCUUCACAAGGGUAUGGCUCACAGUGGGACGAGAUGCAAGAAGGCGCUCUUCUUCAGUGUUCCCCCUCGAGGGCAGUAUGUCAGUAUUCCCUGCAGCCUCCUUCAAGGAGAAAAAUCUAUUCUGAUGAAGAAGAACUUUUGUAUCUGAGUUUCAUUGAAGAUGUAACAGAUGAAAUUUUGAAACUUGGUUUAUUUUCAAACAGGUUUUUAGAACAACUGUUCGAGCGACAUAUAAGACAAAAUAGACACCAUUUGGAAGAGGGGAAAAUGCGCCACCUGCUUCAUACCCUAAAGGUGAAUUUAGGCUGCAAGGAAAAUUCAGUACAGCUGGAUGAAGUCGAUACGUUGAAUUUACUUGACUUUGAAAAGGCUGAGAAUUCAGAACAAAAUAAAUAUAAAAGUAAACCAGAUGCAAGGAUUCAACAGGAACGUCAAGAGUACCAAAAGGCUUUGGAUAUGUUAUUGACUAUACCAAAGGAUGAGAAUGAGAUAUUCUCACCAAACGAAUUUUUCCUGCCUAUCUAUAAAUCAAAGUAUUCAGAAGGGGUUAUAGUUCAACAGGUGAAUGAUGAAACAAAUCUUGGAUGUUCAGUUUGGGAUGAAAAAAAUCCAAGUAUUUCGGACAGCUUAACAGACCAGGAAACCUCUGUGAAUGUCAUUGAAGGUGAUAGUGACUCUGAAAAGGUUGAGACUUCAAAUGAAUUAUGUUGUCUUAGCACAGCACUGUGCCAGCCUGUUCAACUCUGCAGUGUCAAAGGUGACAAUAAUCAUGACGUGGAAGGACCGACUCUUAAGAUCAUGGAAAUGAGCAUCGAGGACUGCCCUUUGGAUGAUUGACCUUCAUUAAUAAAUAUCCCAAAUGGCCAGUGAUUCAA